AUGAGCACAUCUAAUGUGGACACAAAUAUCAAUAAUGUUGAAACACCUUUAAUAUUAGUACCUGAGUCGACGACUACUGUUCCACUAGAGGUUCAUACUAUCGAAUCCAAUAUAGAGGAGAACAGAACUCUCAACAUCCCGGGGCACACAUCUAAUAUGUACGCAAAUGUUAACAUGUGUGAUAAAUCUACAACUGAUACAUCAAUAGUUCUUCCACCACCAAAUUCACCACUUAGAACAUCCUUUAUUCCACUCACAUACAUUCCAUUAGAUUAUCCAACUUAUAAUGGAAUACUUAAUCAACCUAUUGCUACACUGUUUUCAUAUCAAUCUACUGAUCAUUAUCUUGAUCAAGGUAAGGAUGCUUCUCAGAAUAUGGAGGAUGAUGAUGAGGAAGGUUUUGGUUUUAGAGAGCUUACAAUUGAUCCAGGAUGA